AUGUGGGAAGACAAGGACAUCAACAAUUUUGAUGAAAAUGGUGCUGCGGUUCUUCCUUCUAGGGGAUCCUCUAGUUCUAGUAGAGGAGCCCGUCGAAGAAGAUUGGCCACUAGUUUGCAGGUUUUGAUUAAGGAAGACGCCCCAACGCCGACCAGCGACGAAUUAAGUGACACUCCCGCUUCCGCUACGACGUCCUCCACGUCGACCACGACGACAUCAACAACGACAACACUUGACGUGAAUGCAACGAAUGACAGCAACGUCACAGCAGCACAGGCAAGCGCUGGAGGGACAACAGUGGUGGUGGUGAACGGAACUACGUCUUCAACCAC